UCCAGGUGUCGGGAUUGAACUGGUGACAGCACUCGCAGCCCUGACCCACAGGAGGUGGACAUCAGCGGUGACGAGUGUGGUGUUCGGUUCCCGGGCGCGAUGACGAAUCAGCCAACCGUCGCCGAGCCUCUCAAGCCAAGAGCCCUCAUCGUGUCGGUGGAGAAGUUCUGGCCCCACUCCCCCCUCGACAACAGGAGUGGGGCAGCGACGGACACAAAGAAACUCCACAGAAUCCUCUACAAACUGGGCUUCCAGGUGGAGCUCAGCAUCGAUCUCGCCGCCAGUGAGAUCCUCCAGCUGUACAGGGCUGAGUCCCAGAGGAGACAUGGAACCUGCUUCCUCUCCGUUCUCUCCAGCCACGGGGACGAGGGAGUGUUAUACGGGGCAGACAGCAAGGCCGUGAGUCUCAGGGACAUUUACUCCAUGUUCGGAGCAGAGACCUGCCCUUCACUGGAGGGGAAGCCAAAGAUCUUCUUCAUUCAGGCUUGCCGCGGGCCGGAGACGGACAGCGGAGUCACCGUGGACAUGGUGGAGACGGACAGCUGUGACCCGCGGACAGACUCCUUCUCCCACUACCUGGCGCUGCCCCUAGACAUGGCCGUCCACUUCUCCAGCUGCCCAGAUUAUGGCUCCUUCCUGCGCCCCUCUGGCUCGGCCUUCCUGCAGAGCCUGUGUCAGGUGUUGGAGGGGGAGCAGCGACACUGGGAGCUGCUGAGGAUCAUGACCCGUGUGAACGGCCUGGUCGCACAAGGGUUCGAGGCUCGGGGCCUCAUAUACGUUGGCAAGAAGCAGAUGCCCUGUUUCAUCAGCAGACUGCGUCACGAGGUCUAUCCUUUCUCCGGCAAGCUCUCAUAG